AUGGGACUCCAGCGUGAGCACAACAAACCACAAAGCAGCAGCAGUAGCAACGGCAGCGGCAGAUACCCGGGCCGGGAUAGCACCUGCCAGAGGACUGUCUUUGGCAAUAUUAAGAUAUUUGUGCUCUGCCACGGGCUCCUGCAGCUGUGCCAGCUCCUCUACAGCUCCUACUUCAAAAGCAGCCUCACCACCAUUGAGAAGCGCUUUGGCCUCUCCAGCUUUUCCUCAGGCUUCAUCUCCAGUUUGAAUGAGGUCAGCAAUGCCAUCCUCAUCAUCUUUGUCAGCUAUUUUGGAAGCCGGGUCCACCGGCCACGAGUCAUCGGCAUCGGGGGCCUCUUGCUGGCAGCUGGCGCCUUCUUCCUGACCCUGCCGCACUUCCUGUCCGAGCCCUACCGCUACUCGGAGAACAGUCUCGGGGGAAACAAUAAUGAUUCCCAAUCAGACCUCUGCCUGAAGGAGAGGCAGAAUUUGCUUUUCACCAAGUGCCAGAAGACUGCCCAGGACCCUCGGAAGGAAACCAGUAGCAUGUGGGGCAUGAUGGUGGUGGCCCAGCUGCUGGCAGGAAUCGGGACCGUCCCCAUCCAGCCCUUUGGGAUCUCUUACGUGGAUGACUUCGCUGAGCCGAACAACUCGCCCCUCUACAUUGCAAUUGUUUUUGCGAUCGCCGUGUUCGGACCAUCCUUUGGCUACCUGCUCGGGUCCGUUGUGCUGAAGAUCUUUGUGGACUUCGGGCGGAUCGACAUGGCCUCCGUGGGCUUGGACAGACGUGAUCCCCGCUGGAUUGGGGCCUGGUGGCUGGGCCUGCUCAUCUCCUCGGCCUGCUUGGUGGUGACAUCUUUCCCCUUCUUUUUCUUCCCUCGACACAUGAAAAGAGCAGAGGAGACCAGCACCGACUCUGAGGCCCAUGUUCUAAGGAAGAUGGAGGAAGUAAAGUCAGAAGACUCCAUGGUGGAUUUCAUUAAAAGAUUUCCCCGGAUCUUCAUGAACCUGAUGACCAACCCCCUCUUCGUCCUGGUGGUCUUGUCGCAGUGCAGCUUCUCCUCGGUUAUCUCCGGCCUGGCGACCUUCCUCAACAAAUUCCUGGAGAAGCAGUAUGGAACCACCGCGUCCUAUGCCAACUUCCUCAUCGGUGCGGUGAACCUUCCCGCAGCAGCCUUGGGCAUGCUGCUCGGGGGCAUCCUCAUGAAGCGCUGUGUCUUCUCACUGCAAACCACCCCCCGGGUGGCCGCCACAGCGGUCAUCGUCUCCAUCUUCCUCUGCAUCCCCUUGUUCUUCAUGGGCUGCUCCACCCCGACCGUCUCCGAGAUUUACCCCGUCAGGACAUCAAGUGCCUUAAACCAGUCAACGGGCACAUGCCGUGCACACUGCUCCUGCCAGGACUCCAUGUUCCACCCUGUGUGUGGCAGCGACGGCAUAGAGUACAUCUCCCCGUGCCACGCCGGCUGCAUCGCCGCCUCCAAUGCCAGCUUGCCCCGGGGAAAGGGCGGUGGGAAAUCCAAGGAUUUCUUGAAUUGUUCCUGUAUUACGACCGGAGGCUCUUCAGCAAAGACGGGAUCCUGCCCAGUUUCUUGCUCCCAUUACCUACUUCCCACCAUCUUCCUCAUCUCCUUUGCCUCGCUCAUUGCAUGCAUUUCCCACAAUCCCCUCUACAUGAUGGUCUUGAGAGUGGUCAACCAGGAUGAAAAGUCAUUUGCUAUUGGAGUUCAGUUCUUAUUGAUGAGAUUGUUGGCCUGGCUGCCUUCUCCCUCCUUGUAUGGUCUCAUCAUCGACUCCACAUGCAUCCGCUGGAACCAGCACUGCGGGGGGAAGCGGGGAGCCUGUGCUUACUACGACAGUGACUCCCUCCGGGACAGAUACCUGGGCCUGCAGCUGGGCUACAAGGGCCUUGGGGUGCUACUGCUCCUCAUCAUCAGCUGGAGGGUGAAGAAAAACCAAGAAUACAAUGUGCAAUAGAAGGCCGCAGCUCUGGUCUAAACUCCCUCCCCCAGCCCCCACCCUUCCUGUAUUUACUAAUGUAAAUGUAGAGUUCUCCUUUAGGUUUUUUUAUUAAGAGGUUGAAACCCCCCUCUUCCCUCCUCUCCCCAGCCCCUCAGCCCUCCUCUCCUCCUGGAGAGCUCUGAAUCCCCGGAGGCAUUCCGUUCUGGAGGGCAGCUCAGCGGCCAGGGUUACCCUGGUUUCUUCCGGAGGAGGAGCGAGAGCACCGGACCCACUGGAACCUGGGUUCUAAUCUCGGCUCCCCCACGUGACUGCUGUGUGACCUUGGGCAAGUCACUUAA